AUUCUCAACUCUUUUCCUCUCUCUUUCCCUUGGCCUUCACGGAAUAUAAUAAAUUAGCUCCGCAAUCACCAUCGCCGUGAAGUUCCACCGCCCUCACCACCUCAACACCUCACCCCAUCCCCCGCUAUAACCCCAUCAUCGUCGUCGUUAUAUCUAUCGCGCCAUUGUCGAAGUCGGCAGCAUAAGCAAGGAAUUGUAGCUAAAGAAGUCGGAGUAGUUGAUAAUUAAAUGGCUAUUGCGGCCCCAAAUCAGCUAAAUAUCAGUGAACCGCCGACCUGGGGUUCGAGAACCGUUGAUUGCUUUGAGAAAUUGGAGCAGAUUGGUGAAGGCACUUAUGGUCAAGUGUACAUGGCAAGAGAAAUCAGAACAGGUGAAAUUGUGGCUUUGAAGAAGAUACGCAUGGACAAUGAGAGGGAGGGAUUUCCCAUUACUGCCAUACGGGAAAUCAAAAUUUUGAAGAAGUUGCAUCAUGAAAAUGUAAUAAAGCUGAAAGAGAUUGUCACAUCCCCAGGUCCCGAGAAAGAUGAACAGGGGAGACCAGAUGGCAACAAGUAUAAAGGUGGAAUCUACAUGGUUUUUGAGUACAUGGAUCAUGACUUGACUGGUCUUGCUGAUCGUCCUGGAAUGAGAUUUUCUGUUCCACAGAUUAAGUGCUAUAUGAGACAGCUUUUGACGGGGCUUCACUACUGUCAUGUAAAUCAAGUGCUUCAUCGGGAUAUCAAAGGUUCUAAUCUUCUGAUAGACAACAAUGGGAAUCUGAAACUUGCUGAUUUUGGUCUUGCACGGUCAUUCUCUAACGAUCACAAUGCAAAUCUCACAAAUCGAGUUAUUACUUUAUGGUAUAGACCACCAGAAUUGCUGCUCGGAGCCACUAAGUAUGGUCCGGCUGUAGAUAUGUGGUCUGUUGGCUGUAUCUUUGCUGAGCUGCUGCACGGAAAGCCAAUCUUUCCUGGGAAGGAUGAGCCAGAGCAAUUGAAUAAGAUCUUUGAGCUAUGUGGGUCUCCUGAUGAGAGUAAUUGGCCUGAAGUAUCAAAGAUUCCAUGGUAUAACAACUUCAAACCCUCAAGACCACUGAAAAGACGUCUCAAGGAGGUUUUUAGACACUUUGACCGACAUGCUCUGGACUUACUUGAUAAGAUGUUGACUCUUGACCCAUUGAAGAGAAUAGAAGCCAAAGAUGCACUAGAUGCUGAGUAUUUUUGGACUGAUCCACUGCCUUGUGAUCCCAAGAGCUUGCCUAAAUAUGAAUCUUCACACGAGUUUCAAACAAAGAAAAAGCGUCAGCAGCAGCGUCAACAUGAAGAAACAGCCAAGCGCCAGAAAUUACAGCACCAACAACAGCAUGGUCGUCUUCCGUCACAUCAACAAUCAGGGCAAGGGCAUCCUCAGAUGCGGCCGGGAGCAAAUUUACCAAUACAUGGACCUCAAAACCAGGCGGUUGGAGGCCCCAGCCACCAUUAUAACAAGCCACGUGGACCUGCUGCUGGACCUGGGAGGUACCCUCAGGCUGGAAAUCCUUCUGGAGGAUACAACCAUCCAAAUCGUGGUCAAGGUGGUGGAGGUUAUGGGAGUGGCCCGUAUCCACCCCAAGGGCGUGGAGCGCCAUAUGGUUCGAGCGGCAUUCCUGGUGCUGGUCCCCGAGGAGGUGGGGGUGGUGGCUAUGGAGCUGGUGGUCCAAAUUAUCAGCAUGGUGGACAAUAUGGGGGCUCUGGCACUGGAAGAGGCUCAAACAUGAUGACGGGGAACCGCAAUCAGCAGUAUAAUUGGCAACAGUGAUUUACUUGAAAAGUAAUGGUAGAUCAGUUAGCUCAAGUAUGUGCGAGUGGGACUUCCCUUCUGUUUGAACACUGAAUAUAUUAUGAAGAGGAAAUUAAAAAUUACAAGAAUAGAGCCGUUCUACGUGUAAACCUUCUGCUUUCUCCUGCGUAAGUUUUCUGUUUGUUUCCUUGGGUAACUAUUUGCCUUCAUGAUGGAAAGGAGGGGAUUGAUGGUAUUUGGCACAUAUUCAUACAGCAGUUUGUUAUGUGAGGGAUGUUUCUUUAGAUGUAAAGUUGAGCAUUACUUUGUAUUAAACUCGAUGCACUGCUCAUUCCACAUGCCGCUAUACUGCUACUGAACUUGUUUUUAAGCAAAUCGUAGCCGGAUGCAUCUUUCUCU